AUGUCUAGGAAACUAAAAAAGACACAUCUAUUCUCAAAGGAUGUAAGUUCUUUAUUGUACUCUUAUGGUGAUGUUGCACAACCACUAAGUGAAACUGCUAACUGUUUGGAUGAGAUCAUCUCAAGUUAUUUGGUCGAUGUGUGUGAAAAUGCAUAUCACAUCUCCAAGAAGCAAGUUCAUCCUUUUUCAGCUAAUAAGAAUAAAAUAAAGUUGGAAAACUUUCGGUUCGUUUUAAGAAAAGAUCCAAUAAAAUUAGGGAGAGCAGAUGAAUUACUUGUAACAAAUAAGUUAAUUACAGAAGCUAAGAAACAAUUCAAUGAGACCGAUAUGAAUAUUGUACAAAGGAACAAAAAUUUAGAAGGACAUGAAAUAACGAGAAAUGAAGAUUCUCACAGUGAACUUAACGGAAAUGGUGAACGUGUACACAAUAACGAAGAUCUGUUAGAUAAGGGUACUGAAAAUGACUUGGAUGAUGGAGUCAAGGAUGAAGAGGUAGACGAAGAGGUCGAUGAAGAGGAAGCAGAUGAAGAUUAG